AUUCAACUCGGAUGUUACUACUGAAUUAUAUUAAUUGUUAAAAUUUAUCAUAUGAAAUAUGAUGUAAGUAAGUGUAUGAAAUAAUUUACUAUUAGAUGGUGUUUGUUCGACGGUAGAAAUGAUACUGACUAUUAUUAUUCCUCCUCCAGUUGACAAUGGCAAUGACAAUGUCAUAUUUCGUAGAAAUUACCUGUAAUAGUUGGUUUAAUUAUUUAAUACAUCAGAUAUACAGAUAUUCAUAAAAUUGUCCAACCCUCUUUGUUGGAUAGUAAAGCAAUUAUAUUAUGAAUCAACUAUACUCCCCAGUUGGUUACAAAAGUCACCAUAUCUAAUUUUAAAACCCCAUCGAUGAAUAAUUAUUUAUUAGCAACAGUAUAUUCAUAUACAACCCUUUGUUCGGAAUAAUUUUCUCGCAAAACGACAGAAAUAGCCGCUUUAAUAUUUAAAGUUUAUUAAAUUACUCAGGGAGAGACUCGAGGUACUGCAGAAAUGAAGUAAUUAUCUAAAAAAAGAAAAACAGGAGUAGACAGUUUGGCGACUCUAUAAUAAUAAUAAUAAUAAUAUUAUUAUUAAUUAUUCACCAUUGAUGAAAGGACAAAGUGGGAGUACAAGUAUCCAGUCCAAGUUUAAACUCCAAAGAAGAACCAUCAGAGGGAUCUUAUAAGUAGUAUGAUAUUGCCGUACAGUUUUGGAAUUCUUAGAGGUCUGGGUUUGUGGAAGCUGGAAAAUAUUACUGGAUGGAAAAAAUAUUUACAGAUUAUUUAUUCAUAUUUUUGGAUAACAAUAGUCUCCUCUUGCGUAUUUUUUGAAUUAUUAGCAAUUACCGAGCAUAUAAAUGACGUACAACAAUUUGUUGACAGCUCAAUAAUACUUUUGACCAUGAUUGCAAUCUGUGGAAAAAUGUUCAAUGUACUUGCUAGGCGUAAAGAAAUAAUACACUUACUAGCCAUUUUACAAACUUACCCAUGUUGUUAUCAAGAUGAGGAAGAGAAGAAUAUCAAAGAUAAAUAUGACAAAAUUAUAAAUUUGAGAACAAUAGUUUACUUGGGACUUACCGAGUCGGCAGUUACGAUGGUCCUGAGUGUGUCAAUGUUGAAUGAUAUUCCAAAUCGAGCAUUGGCGUAUAACGUUUGGGUGCCAUACGAUCCGACCCACAGCAUCGGUUACUUUGUAACGUAUGGCCAUCAAUUUUUCGCACACUUUGUAGGUGCGUCAGUUAAUGCUGCGUUUGACACUCUUGUUCCAAGUCUGAUACUAAAAAUUAACUGUCAAUUGAGUAUUCUCGAGCAUCGGAUUAAUUUGAUAACCAAAAAUGUUUACAACGCUGAUUCACUUGCUGAUAUUAAGAAAAAAGAAAUAAGUGAAAUUUCAAAAUGUGUCGACCAUCACCUAAAAAUAUUUCAAUUAGUUGAAAUACUAAAUAAAGUCUUCAGCUCGGUUAUUUUUUUACAAUUUUCCAUAAGCACUAUCGUUAUAUGCGUUACAGUCUACAGAUUAUCACAAAUUCAACUCAGUCAUCCAGAAUUCGUUCCAACGGCUUGUUAUUUUAUCUGUAUGCUUUUACAGGUUUUUAUAAUUUGUUUAGCCAGUAGCGAAUGUAGUUUUAAGAGUUCUGAUAUAGUUACUGCGGUUUAUCAAACAAAUUGGUACAUUUUAAGUGUCAGUUCCCAAAAAAGUUUAUUACUCAUAAUGACACGCAGUCUUCGGCCGUUGAAAUUUACGGCUGGAUCUUUUGUUGAAAUAUCUCUAAGCACAUAUAAUCAGGUAUUAUUCAAUAUAAUAAUGCUUUCAAUAACUAUCCUGCAGUAUUUAGGCUUAUGGCGAACUGAAAACGACAGUGGAGUCAGAUUAUACUUAAAUAUUAUUCACUCUUAUUUUACUGCGGUUUAUAUAUAUUUUGAUGUAUUUUUCGAAGCAGUCGAACUGAUUAUCAGUUACACUAGUUUUCAACAAUUUCUCAACAGCGCAAUUAUUUUCUUAUCAAUGGUUGGUGCUUGUGGAAAAAUUUUCAACGUACUUCUAAAACGUAAGGAAAUUUUACAUUUACUUGAUAUUUUUGAAACGCAUCCAUGCUGUUAUCAAGAUGAUGAAGAAAAAAAAAUCCAAGAUAAAUUUGAUAGUAAGAUCAAAUAUCGGACUCUUGCUUUUUUAAUAAUCACCGAAUCGGCUGUAAUGACCACAGUGGUUAUAUCAAUAUUUCGUGAUACACCAAACCGUGAAAUGUUUUAUGAUACAUAUCUCCCAUUUGAUUCAUCAACUAUUGGAUACUGGUCAUCCUAUAUCUUUCAAAUUACUGCUCAAGUUUUUGGGUCAUUGGCAAAUGUUGCUCAUGAUACCUUAAUCCCUGGGAUGAUACUAAAAAUUUGCGCGCAGUUGAGUAUUUUAGAACACCGAUUAGAUUUAGUGUGUAAGGAUGUUGAUCCGCAUGACCAGUUUACUAAAGCUAAAAAAGAAAAGUUAAAUAAAAUUACAGAGUGCAUUAAACAUCAUCUUCAAAUUCUUAAAUUAGCUGACAGAACAAACAAAGUUUUUAGUAUUGUCAUGCUUUAUCAAUUUUCAAUCAGUACUAUUGUGAUAUGUAUAACAAUUUAUACACUAUCUCAGGUUAAAAUAAGUGAUCCAGAAUUUUUUGCAAUGGUGGAUUAUUUUAUGUUUAUGACCAUACAAAUUUUUAGCGUCUGUAUUGCCAGUACCGAGUGCAAUAUUAAGAGUGUAGGCAUCGCAACAGCUGUUUAUCAGUCAAACUGGUACAAUUUGGAUAUUGAUGCACAGAAAAGCUUGUUACUCAUAAUGACUCGAAGUUCUCAACCAUUGAAAUUCAACGCUGCAUACUUUAUUGAAGUAUCUCUCAACUCUUACAAUCAACUGAUGAAACUUUCUUAUUCAGCUUACAAUGUUCUGAAAUAACAGCCAUCAAUUAGCAUCAAUCUAUUUUUACAGUAUAAUACACCUGGAAAUUUUACGAUAAUGGCUCUGAUGAUAGGCUAGAAAAAGAUUAGAAAUAUACAUAAAGUUUAAUUAAAUUA